UUAAACAUCCAUCCAAUCGAACUAAACUUAUCAUUAACAUUAAGAUCAGGUCAAAGUUUCAAUUGGAAAUCAUCAAUCUUUCAAACGAUCGAUCAAACCCAACAUAUAGAAUGGUCAAUCGUCAACCAAAAGAGAACGAUAAUCUUAAGACAAGUUGAUUCAGGAAUUCAUUAUCUUUCUUUAUAUCAUUCAAAUCAAAUUCAAGAUUAUCAAAACGAUUUAAACCAAAACACAACUUUAACUUUCUUAAAUGAUUAUUUUGUUCUGAAUGUUUCACUUCAAAAGCUUUAUCAAGAAUGGUCAAGACGUGAUUCGAAUUUUAAAUUCAAAACUUUAAAUGGAUCAUACAAUGGAUUAAGAGUUUGUAAACAAGAUCCAUGGGAAACAUUAAUAAGUUUUAUUUGUUCUUCAAAUAAUAAUAUACCUAGGAUCACUUCAAUGAUCAAUAAUUUAUCAGAAAGCUUUGAUGAAAUCAUUUCAAUCCAAUCCAAACCCAAUUCGAUCCAUACAUUUCCAACUCCUCAUCAACUAUCAAGAUCAUGUGAUGAAACCAAAUUAAAACAAUUAGGAUUCGGUUAUAGAUCAUCAUAUAUCAUGACUUCAACCCAAUCAUUAAUCGAACUUUCAGUCUCACAAAACUGCCAACCCAUCGAAUACUUAAACUCUCUAAGCAACGGUACUCUUUCAUAUUCUGUAGCACACCAAACUUUAAUCACUCAUUUCUCAGGUGUAGGUCCCAAAGUAUCAGAUUGUAUUUGUUUAUUCGGUUUAGGAUUCAAAGAAACCGUACCGGUAGAUGUCCAUCUUUAUCAAAUCGCUAAACGAGAUUAUCAAUUCUUAAACUCAUCCACUUCGAAAUCAAAAACAGUCUCAAAACAAGAUUAUGAUUUAAUUAAAACUAAAUUUAUUGAACUAUGGGGUGAUUAUGCAGGUUGGACUCAACAAAUUAUCUUUUUUAUUGAUUUG